GGAAGCAAUGAGACCAACAUCCUUGUCACUUUCACUUUUUAAUUUGAAUUAUUGGUUUUUAGGUUAAAAAAAUGAAAAAGUGAUUCAGCAUCAAUCAUCAUAAAUAAAAAAACAGUAAAUGUAGGCUUCCCAGUUCCCAGUGAUAAAUAAAUAAAAGUUUAUUUUGUGCCAAAUCACCAGUAUUAUUAGUUUCUUAUAUAAAAUUUAACAUAAUCAGUAUUAAAACAUCACACUUACAAAGCCACAAUAUGUUAACUAAAAAAGAAAAGGUUCAUAAAAUGGUAUAUGUAAUAUUUAUAUCAUUACUAUUAGAUCUGUUCGCCUUUACUAUGAUAUUACCUCUUUUACCUUCUUUAUUGGACCAUUAUAAAAUUAAUGAUAGCAAAGGAUGGUACAAUUGGCUGUCUAGCCAAAUUCAUGAAUUUCAAAUAUUGGUGGGUGCUCCCGAAGAAUAUAAUUCAGUGUUAUUUGGAGGUUUCCUAGGAUCUUUAUUUAGUUUCCUGCAAUUUUUAGCUGCACCUAUCUGUGGAGGUCUGUCAGAUAUAAUUGGAAGGAAAACAGUUAUGGUUAUUUGCCUAGUGGGUAUAUCACUUUCAUAUAUUCUAUGGGCACUAUCCAAAAAUCUUUUAAUAUUUAUAUUGGCUCGAUUUCUAGGAGGGAUUAGCAAAGGAAAUGUAUCAUUAAGUAUGGCAAUUAUUACUGAUGUAUCUUCCAUAAACACUAGAGGUAAAGGAAUGGAGAAACGUGCCAAAGAUGUUAAAGUCACAGUGAAAAAUAUGCUAUCUUUAAUAAACGUCAAAAGUCUUUUUGAUUUCACUGCCGUAACUGGCCUUCCUAGAGAUGAACAAAAAAAGUUAAAAACCUUGGGCUUUUUAUAUUUUGUUUAUUUGCUUAUAUAUAGUGGCUUGGAGUUUACUCUUACUUUUCUUACACAUCACCGAUUUAAUUAUACUGCAAUGCAGCAAGGCUGGAUGUUUUUUGUGAUAGGUUUAACAAUGUCUGUGAUACAAGGUAUUUAUGUGAGAAGAAUACAUCCCAGUAAAAUUAAAUCAAUAGCCAUAAAGGGAUUGUGGUUAAUUAUACCGUCCUUUAUAUGUGUUGGAAUAGCAUUUGAAUUUUUCGUUCUGUAUUUGGGACUGCUACUGUUUGCUAUUUCAACAGCAAUGGUGGUUCCGAGUAUAAUGACAAUGGCGUCGGAAUAUGGUACGGAGCAGCAAAAAGGAACAGUUAUGGGUAUUUUCAGAUCUCUAGGUGCUCUAGCCCGAGCUAUUGGACCAAUUUUAGCAAGCGUGGCAUUUUGGAGCGUAGGCUCUAAAAUUACUUACCUAACAGGUGCAGUUUUCUUAAUUUGGCCCGCUGUGACUUUAAAGCGAAUAAGAUAAAUUGUUAAGACUUAUUUAAUUUAUAACAGUUUUUAU